UACAUUUGCACGAAGGUGUCGCGCCUGCGCCGUAACAUUGAUUUAUUUUGUCAAUGUUUGACAGAUGUAAGGAUACGCGAUGCCCCUCAAGUUAUUUUGUGUUUUUUGUAAAAUAUUAGAUUAAAAUACAUCAUACAGAGUGAUGCAGCCACGAUGAGACUUGAAGCAUGCCUCCAUCUCCUUCUACUCUUGAACGGGGCAUUGGGUCUCCGUCGGGGCCCACAUCACCCUCACGGCCAGAGCCCGGUUGAACGCCGACACCACCACUACAAGCCGAGGGGCGUCGACUCACUCACAGCUGAAUCAGAAGUCCUGCAUGACGCUCAACAUUUAGAAGAAGAUAAUAAAGUACUGACAGCGGAGACAUUGGCCAAGAUGUCACCCGAAGAGUUAGAGUUUCACUACUUCUCAGCUCAUGAUUUUGAUAAGAACUCCAAAUUAGACGGGCUGGAAUUGCUAAAGGCUGUGUAUCACACUUUACAGCAUGAAACUGAUGAACCGUUUGAAGAUCACGAUAUAGAGCCGAAUGAAGACGAAAUGGAUGCUUAUAUUGCCACCUUGAAUAUGCCUCGCAAGUGUGGAACCCUAUAUAUGAUGUUUACAUUAACCAAAUUGAAAAAAUACAACAAAAUUAUACGAUAUUUGCAAUACCGCUCAGGCAAUUAUUUUAAUGACUAUUUUACUCGAUCUCUAGUGGACCGGACUUUAGAAUCAGACGAUACAGAUAGAGAUGGAUACGUGUCGUACGCGGAAUACCGGGCAGCCAGAGCUAAGAACCCAAGCGACAAACCGCCAAUAGUGAUGGCAAUUAAUAAACCAUAGACCUGCGAAGGAAUAGACAGGAUAGAUCAUGUAGAUUGUACAGGGUGAAAGUAAUAAGAUUUGCAAAGGUAUAGAUAGAGACAAGGAUAUUAAAAAUUAAUUUAGAGACGACGAAAUAUAAGUAAGUUUUACUUUAUCGAGAAAAGCCAUUUCUAUUCAGUCAAUUAAAAUUCAGUUACUCAAAUAAAGAUAUUAAUGAUGUUUAGUUAUAAACGACACUUUUAAAGUGGUUAUUCAGAGUUUUGAAUUCUCAAAAACUUUUUUGGAAAAAUUUACUUAAUCUUCUUUAUCGAAUGAAUAUCUACAGGCGGACACAUAUAAGGUUUUAUAAUUCACCUGAUUGAUAAAAAAUAUUUAUAAGGAAAGCUAUGGUUGAGGCCAGACCGUUUCUCUGAUAUCUCUCCUAGAUAAUUUAAAACUUAAUUGAAUUUAUACGAAGUCGUUUAUUUAAGUAACUGUUAUAUGUGCAAUUCGACAUGAUUUCCAUUCUAGAUAAUAAUCAUGAUUGAGUCCAGAAUAGUGGGGUAAUGUGUGGAUUUAUAGAUACUACACUAAAUAUGUGUGUUGCGUCGCAAGUGUCGUGAAACCAACAACAUUGGUUUUAUUAAGCUAAUUACGGUCUUGUUUUAUGUUAUAAAUCGUUUUUUAUUACGUUGAUAAAUUGUAAAGAUUUGAAUAAAAACAUUUUGGGAAAUAAGUUGGUUAGUUUAA